AUGGGCGUUCGGGUUGUCAUUGUCACCAUCCCUCUUCCUGCUGCUGGGACACAGGCCUGCUGCUGCCUGUGGGGUGGUGCUGGCAAGGGGGACAGGAUCAGGCCCAGCCUGUGCCAGGGACGUAGCUCAGCCAUGGCCUUGGACCCUUGCUUGGACAACCUGAGCUUGGAGAGGACAGAAGGCAGGGAGUGUGUAAAUUGUGGGGCUACCUCAACCCCUCUGUGGAGAAGAGACGGCACCGGGCACUAUUUGUGUAACGCCUGUGGACUCUAUCACAAAAUGAAUGGGCAGAACCGGCCCCUGAUCAAACCCAAGAGAAGGCUGUCUGCAGCCAGGAGGGCAGGCACGUCCUGUGCGAACUGUCAGACCACCACUACCACCCUGUGGAGGAGAAAUGCCAACGGCGAUCCCGUCUGUAACGCCUGCGGGCUCUACUACAAGCUGCACAAUAUUAACAGACCCCUGACUAUGAAGAAAGAAGGAAUUCAGACCAGAAACCGAAAAAUGUCUAGCAAAUCCAAAAAGUGCAAAAAGGUCCAUGACAACCUUGAAGACUUUCCCAAGAGCAGCUCCUUUAACCCUGCCGCCCUCUCCAGACACAUGUCCUCCAUCAGCCACAUUUCACCUUUCAGUCACUCCAGCCACAUGCUGACUACACCGACACCGAUGCAUCCUCCAUCCAGCCUCUCCUUUGGACCUCACCAUCCUUCCAGUAUGGUCACUGCCAUGGGUUAGCGAGAGACUCCCCUGCUGAAUGCUUACGGUCUCAAAAUGAGAUUUACUUUAUAUACUUGCAUUUUUGCAGGCGUGUGGUUAUGGGUCUGACGUCCCGAAUCAAAUGGGAGGGGG